AUGGACCGAGACAGCCGGGAGGUUCAAAUUCGCAAAAAUAUUGCCGUCAUUGAAACCGUCGCCUUUUCCGUGGAAGAAGUCAGACGCGUCCUCAGUCAAAUAAAACUUGAUAAGUCUCCUGGACCCGACGGAAUUCCCGGGCUAAUACUUAAGGAGCUAUCAACGGAGCUGUCAAAGCCUCUUUCGACUCUCUUUGAGCUUUCAAUGAGAACAGGAAGGCUGCCCUCACAGUUGAAGACAGCUAACCUCGUUCCAUUGCAUAAGGGAGGCAGCAGGAUGACAGCAAGCAGCUUUCGACCUAUUAGCUUAACUUGCCUCCCUUGCAAAACGAUGGAAGCUAUAGUAAAAAACGCUAUACAGCAAUUUUGUGAAGAAAAUAACAUCUUGCAGGAUUUUCAACAUGGCUUCCGGAGAGGACGUUCCUGCCUGUCAAAUCUGCUAGCUUGUCUGGAAAUCUGGACCAGGGCUCUAGAAGAGGGUUUUGAGGUCGAUGUCGUGUACAUCGAUUUCCGCAAAGCCUUUGACACUGUCCCACACCAACGUCUUCUUCACAAAUUGAGCGACAUCGGCAUCCGGGGAGAUCUUCUGAACUGGAUUAGGGCGUUUCUGGUUGGUCGGAAACAACGUGUCUGUAUCGGGGAUGAUAUGUCAGAAUGGGUGAAUGUGACCAGUGGUGUGCCGCAAGGCUCAGUUCUGGGACCAUUGCUCUUCAUCCUUUACGUUAACGACAGCCUUCAGGAAAUCGACUGCGGCAAAAUAAUGUUUGCAGACGACGUUAAGCUCUGGCAAGUCAUUAAGGGUCCGAAUGAUCAGAGAUCCCUUCAAGAUAAUCUGCACCGACUGCAAGCGUGGUCGAAGAAAUGGCUUCUAGAUUUCAAUGUGGAGAAGUGUGCCGUCCUUCAUCUGCGUCCAACCAACUCUCAUUAA